CUGCGUCUCAGCUGAUCGGAAGGAAGCGCAGGCUGUGGGUGUUAGCGUUAGCGGGGAGUGAUGGAGGAUACCAUAGCGGACACACGGAGGCUCUACGCCAAACCACAGAACCUGAGCGAUGCCUACGGACCUCCGAGCAACUUCCUAGAGAUCGAUGUGAGCAAUCCCGAGACGGUGGGAGUCGGCCGGGGGAGAUUCACUACAUACGAGAUCAGACUAAAGACUAACCUUCCCAUCUUCAAGCUGAAGGAGUCGAGUGUCAGGAGGAGAUACAGUGACUUCGAGUGGCUCAGAGGAGAGCUGGAGAGAGAGAGCAAGGUGGUCGUUCCUCCUCUGCCAGGGAAAGCCCUGUUCAGGCAGCUCCCGUUUCGUGGAGAUGACGGCAUCUUCGACGACUCCUUCAUCGAGGAGCGGCGGCAAGGCCUGGAGCAGUUCCUCAACAAAGUGGCUGGUCAUCCGUUGGCCCAAAACGAGCGUUGCCUGCACAUGUUCCUUCAGGACGAAUCUCUGGAUAAAAACUACACCCCCUCCAAAGUCAGACAUGCCUGAAUCUCCCACACUGGAACUCACUACACGUGUGGGGAGAAGUCUCAGUCGACCUGAACUCUUCCCUUGGGAUAAAAAACAAACGGAAUGAACCCUACAGUUCAUCUGAAGCCUUCACGCUGCAUACCGCAUGUGGAAAAAAAAUUUCUGAAGCUCAAACUUUUAAAAAAAAAAAAAAAACAACAAACUAAAACAUCUCACCAUCGCACUGUAGAAUGAAUUGUCAGCACUUUCGUAAAAUCAGUGCACCGUCUCUAGAGAUUUGUCACUUCGUGCUCUGAUUUGAAUAAAAAAUCAUUUCUGCUCUAACAUAACGACAAAACAAGAGGCAUCUCAUGUUUUAGGUUUGUGGAUAUCAUAGUAGAUUAGACGCACCACUAACUUUGAGAUUUAUGAGGCUCAGGAUAUUAUUGCAAGAAAUAACCAACAAACAUGAACCAAAAACAUUUCCAUAUAUAUGCAAACAUUAUUUCCUAUUGUUGGAAUAAAUUCUAGUAAGUUUUCUUUACGUGAAUUUAAUUCUCGAAGCAUUAACUUGAGACAGGUGGCUUUUUUUUCUGUCUAAUACUUGCACUACUCUUGAAUCUACGACUAUUCUUUCUCUCACAGAGCAGAACGCACUUAAGUGACGCUUCUCCGAUGCGAAGUGUGUGAACUGUAACAACCACGCAGUCACUAGCUGAGCUGAGCCUCAACGAAUUUGUUUUGUUUCGUUUUAUUCCUAAUUGAAGUCCAUUUAAACACAAGGCCACUGUUGGUGCAUGUUUCCGGAUUUGUAUAUUGCUGUGCCAUUAUUUGUUUCUGAAGGUUUUCCAAUAAAACUGUUCACACACAGA